GCACGUGAUGUCCAAUACCAAUGAAUCAUGCCAAUAUAUCAUACCAAGAGGUCUUAUCUGAAGGCUUUUAUUUAAGCCUAUAGCAAUGGACUCAUACCAGGAGGAACUGGAAUUCCAGAGAUUUUUUCAAGCGCACGCCGAUAAAGUUAAGUAAGAUAAGCGAUCUUCGAGGCCAACUAUUUAUAACAACAGUAUAGCCACUUAUGCUUUCCUUGGUAUUCAACUUGAAGCAAGAACUGCCGAAACUAGACCAUCUUAAGAUAACGGAUCUUUGCGUCCGCAGCGAAUCAGGGAGAACAUAUCAGGACGGCUGUUUAGCCGUAAGAGGGAACAACAUGGCAUUUAAGCUUAGUGCUCACGCUGUCGAGCGGCUAUGCUUAGUCUACAGCGGGCCGUUGAGCCAUCAUCUUGGCCGCAAGACAAUGCAAUUGAGAUUCAGAUUUGUUCUGGUGGGAAGACAAAGCGGCAGUUGAACUUGGGGAGAGG